CAUGCCUCUGCCACCUUUGAUCUCCUUAUCACCAGCGGCUCUGGUGGGUUCAUUUGGGAGCUGCCCGAGUUAAUGAGUUCUCCGGGCAGCAGGGCCACACGCUCUCCUGCUGGGGUGAGGACUUCACACCUCAGGGGCCUGUGUUUUGACAAGUGCCUGAGCCAGUGGCUGCUGCCCCCCUGCCCUGCCUGCCAAAGUGUAAGGCUGGGAAAUGAGGCCUGGGGGCAGCCCUGCUGGGCAGAGCUGAUCUCGUCUCUCUUGCAGGGUAUCUCUGUGUCUCCGGAGUCCUAUCUGUUGCCAGAAACCCCACCCCUCCUGCCCGGCCCAGCAUGCCAGAGACUCCAGCCUCAGACCCAAUGGGGAUACUGGAACCACAGUGCAGAGGUGCUCCCCAGCUCAGAGGACCAGGGACCAGGCCCCACCUUCCAUUUCAAUGAUGAAGGCCCUCUCCAGAGCUCAGGCCUGCAGCUCGGUGGCUGCCCUGAACUCUGGCAAGAAGAUUUAGAGGGGGGCCACCUGAGCAUCUUCUAGGGGCAGUACCCUGUGCUCCUAGAUACCCUCAAAAUGACCAGUGCCCUGAAGAGCACAGGCUGGGCUGCAGCAAGACAGUGGCUGCUCGACCACCAAGCUGGCAGGGCUGAGACUGACGGGGGGAUGGACUUGGGGAGUGGGGUGGGGCGUGGGAAGACCCCUAUAUGCUUUGUGUUUAAAA